AUGCACCUCCAAACCCUUCUCCCCAUCCUCUCGGCUUUAGGAAUAACAGCAGCCAUUGCCUCCAAACCAGCCCACCUCUGGGCAACCCACUACAAUGGCAACGUCUACUCCCUAACCCUGAAAGACAAUGACCUCUCCAUAUCGCAAACCCUCAACGCCUGCGGCGACAUGCCAAGCUGGUUAACCUUAGACGCCCGCACCCGCACCGUCUACUGCUCCGACGAGACCGGCACUGCCGAUCCUUCCACGCAUGGCUCGCUGACGGCCCUGCAUGUCAGGCCAAAUGGCACUCUGCGCGAAGGCGCUGUCGCGAAGACCGUCGGUGGCGGCGUGAAUAGUGUUAUCUAUGAGUCCAGUGCGGGGAAGAAGUUUAUUGCAAUUGCGCAUUAUAGCGAAGGCUCGGCCAUCUCAACCUUCGCCUUACCAAUCAAACAAAACCAACCAAGCCUGCAAGCCUUCCAUUUCAACCUGACCAGACCGGGCAAAGUCGCCCAGCAGGACUCGCCGCACCCGCACGAAGUCUUCCUCGACCCGACCGGCUCGUUCAUCGUCAGUCCGGACCUUGGUGCGGACUUGCUGCGCGUGUACGCGAUUGAGGACGGCCCGUCGGGAAAGCUGUCGGAGUGUCCGAGCGUGAACAUUACCUACGGCAGUGGGCCGCGACAUGGCGUAUUCUGGGCAGAUAACACCGACCGGUCGGCUGGGGCGGGGUCGACGAAUUCGCGGAAGACAGCGGCUGUCGGCGAGACGAUGUUGUAUCUUCUUAACGAGAUCGGGGGCACGAUGACGGCGUUUGAUGUUUCGUAUUCGAGAUCUGGGUGUUUGUCUUUCGAGAAGACGCAGACCCUGGUGCCGUAUCCCGGGGGUGUUAUGCCUAAGGGUGCGACCCCGGCUGGGAUUAGUAGGAUUGGGGAUCAGUUUUAUGUUUCGAUUCGGAGUGAUCAAGGGUUCGAGCCGAGUGAUUCGAUGGUUGUACUUCAUCGGUCGCCAGUGGAUGGAUCGGUUGAGUUGCGAGACUCGUCUUCUGCAUUUGGAAAGGUGCCGCGGACUUUUGUGAUUAACCGGGCUGGAGACCUGGUUGCUAUUGGGAAUCAGGCUUCCGCGACGGUUGCGGUUGUGCGUCGGGAUCCGAAGACCGGGGAUUUGGGUGAGCAGAUUGCUUCUCUACAGGUUGGUGAGCCUGGGAAGGUGGGGACUGCGGAGGGUCUCAGCAGUGUCAUCUGGGAUGAGUAG